CAGAAGUUGAGACCAGAUUGGUGGUCGAGAAAGGUCAUUGGGACCAGACUUUUCCAAUGGAUGGAGGUGGGCAGCUGCAUUUGAAGUUGCAAUUUGUCCUUAGUGAAGAAGAGCGUCAUCAAAUCCGCAUCAUGCUGUUAAUGAUGCUUACAGUUCGUUUGUAGAGAGAAUCGGUGUUGAGAAAGAAAUAUGGGGAAUUUCCCAGUUGCAAUAUGAGAAGUCAAGAAAAUGCUGCUUCUGUUGGCAUUAAUGCUGAAUCACCAUUGUUCCCUAACCAAGAGGUUUCAGAACUUUCAUUUUCUCAAGAUUCUGGAACAAGUCUUCUUCAAAGUGAGGUAGCAGCAGCACAAGCUUGUUUGGUAUCUACUCCUGAAGACAUCACUAGGAACAAAAGAUCUGGACCUGAGAGGCAAGAAGAAGCAUUUUCUCUUCAAAAGCAAGCUAUCCCAACAGAUGCAAGGGGACUUCAUCAACCACCUUUGUCUCAAAGGUCUGAUGAGCGUCUAACUGAAGUAAGCCACAAGGAUUUUGCUGAGAAGAUUGAGACUCAGACACCUGUGGAUAAUGAUCCUGAAAGAGGCAUUUGGUCAGAAGAAGGUUCAUAUCUGUCAAAAAGCUCAGAAUCAGUUGUUGCUUCGAAGAACAAGAUUGUUGCCUCUAAACUGUAUGAAGACAAUACUUUUAAUCCACAGAAGCAGAGUCCAUUGGGGAAAGCUCCAAGCAACGUGAGGAAUAUGAUAAGUGCCUUUGAAAGCAGACUUGCUCAGGAUAUGAGACCUCAUGUGAAAUCACAGCCACUUGGAUCUCAGUUCAGCGGGAUUGAAAGUGAAGCUCUGAAUACUUCAUUUUUAGAUGAAAUUAAGACAGACAAGGUUAAACUAACGCAGCCGAUAUCCUCAGGGAGGUUUAAAAGGCCAUUUCUGGCAGGAGGGUUGCAACAGGCCUCAACAUAUAUCAGAAAAAGAUGUGAUGAACAUGUUUCUGUUAGAGCUUUCAGUGAGGCUAAAACAUAUCACGACACUAGGCAGCUUGAGUUAAGUGAAGCAGAUGUUAAAUUUAAAUUGAAGGAAAGAAAAGAUUCUUCUGGAGAAAUGAUGAGAGCAUCCACUGGUAAAGCAGCUACAGUUUCAGGAAGAAUGCUUGAUGAGCACACAGGACAGCAAUCUGGUAAAUUGUUUAUGAAUGAGCGACAUUCAGCUGAAAAAUCAACUUUGAAAGAGAUCGGGAAAGGAGUUUAUCCAGAAUCUUUAGAAAAGGAGAACUGGAAAGAUAAACAGUACUCCUCCAUAUGCCCUGGUACCUGGAUAUUUCCAGUUGAAUCGAGAAGCUUAUGUAUUACAACUGGCAGCAAACAUUUGAUGGAUCUAAUGAGAAAUUUUCACACUGAAAGUAGCAUGCAUGGUGGGUGUGUCAAAGUGAAUGAAGGUGAGAAGACUGAUCCAAAACCAAAGAAAUCGAAGCCUGUGAAUUCCACAGACGAUGUUGAACCUUCCAGAGGACCAGUCGGACAGGUAAUGAGAGUUGCAAUUAUGAUAGGGUUUGCAACACUUGUUAUCUUUACUAGACAAAGAAACACCAGCUGAAUAAAAGGUUUUGCCAUCUGCUGUUAUUGUCCAAGGCUUGGCAAGUAGAAGUAUUUGGAGUCAUCAAAAGCCUUAAAAUUAUUUUUGAAUUCUUAUGGGUUAAAUGGAAAAAUAAUCCUUCUAACCAUAGGUGUAAAAAUUCUUUUCAUUUUAAUACUCAUUAAUCCGGAUGUAAAGUUUUCUGAAUACAGUUAUCUGUAAUCAGCUUCAUAUUGAUUUACAUGAAUUCAAGUUCAUAUAUCAAGUUUUGCAUUCUGAAUAA